AUGUGGCUGCGCAGCGGACGGUCGACUCUCACAACCAUGAACGACGAUAACGGGAAUGUAAGAGACCAGCGCCCCACCAACACUUCAACGGUCAAAACUCGUCAACGUGACCCCCAGGAUUUCACCGGUUCAGCCGACGCUGACGUUCUGGACUGGCUCAAAAAUUACGACCGGGUGAGCCAACACAACCGUUGGGACGACACCAUCAAACUCGCCAACGUCGUAUUUUUCCUCAAAGGGACUGCACUCCAAUGGUACGACAAUCACGAGGAAGAAAUUAAUUCAUGGGAUGCGUUCAAAACCGCCUUCGCAGACGUCUUCGGUACACCUGAACGCAGAAGACAACAAGCGCGGGACAAACUCUCCAGGAGGUACCAAGCCCCCUCCGAAACAUCGACGUCCUACAUCGAGGACGUCCUUCGCCUCUGCGGACGUGUCAACGCAGCUAUGCCGGAGGACGAAAAAAUCAAGCACCUCUUCAAAGGAUUAUCCCAAGAGCUGUUUUCCAUCGUCGCACCCAGGUCACCUCAGACCGUGCAGCAGCUCAUUGCAGAAUGCAAGCAUUAUGAAGACCUUCAAAGUGGUCGGAUCUCCAACACCGGAUUUGAACGGCUCCCUGAAGUUUCAACUACAACUGCCGACACUGACCUCCCCAAUCUCAUCAGGCGAAUAAUUCGAGACGAACUACGCGACUUCUUGGGAUCCCUGCGCCUCUCAGCCAGUUCUUCCAUCUCGCAACCCGAGGCGCCUAAGAUUGAACAGGUAAUCAAAGACGAACUUCGUGCUGCCCUUCGUCCUAUUUCUUCGUCGUCUCCCACAUGCAUGGCACCAUCGACUUCCUCACCACCCAUCUGCUCUUUACAGCACUCAGCACCACACAUUUGCGCUCUGCAAACUUCUCAUAACGUCUCAAUUCCAUCCACACGCUACCUAUCACCCCGGCGGACAGAGGAAUGGCGCACUCGAGAUCAACGUCCGAUAUGCUUCUACUGUCACGCCCCAGUUCCAGUGACCGCCGCAAUUUUGACGACCAUCGCAACACACGUCCCUUUCCAGCUGCUGAAUUCCGACGUGGUCGAUCACCCUCCCCCUAUCCUCGACGAAACCGCUCCGUCUCGCCGUUCACUGACGCUACUACCGGACUUCCGUCGUCAAACUAAGCAGCGCAGCCUGUCUUAA